UAAGAGAUAGUGGGGGCAGAUUGGAGAGAGAGAUAGAGGAACAGAGAAAAUGGAGGGGGGGGCAUCAGAGGGCACAACAGUUUCAAUGAGCCCAUAGCCUGGGGUGUCCUGAAGACCAAACCACCAGUAGGACAAACACCUGCUCCCGGCACACCGUGGCCCAGACCCUGAGGAGCACCCCUGAGGAUAGCCAACCCCUCCGAGUUCCACAUCAACCCAGAUAUGGAGACCCAGCUGGGACAGUCUACAGGACUGACUCCCACCAAAACACCAGCUGAAGACGUUGCCGUGGACGCAGAGCUGGAGCACGCCAUCAUGGAGCGCCGCUUCUGUCCGCCUGUCAUCACCACGCAGAUGUGGGAGGGCUUCACCUACGCCGACACCGAGAUCCGCAUCACCGAGUCGACCGGCUGCUACGGCGCCGUGCUCUGGCCCUCUGCAUCAGUCAUGUGCUAUCUGCUGGAUGUGAACCGUGACAAAUACAACCUGACUGACAAGAACGUUAUCGAACUAGGUGCCGGAACCGGAUUGGUAUCCAUAGUAACCAGCCUGCUGGGUGCCAAGGUAACCUCCACUGACCUUCCAAAUAUCCUGGGGAACUUGCAGUACAACGUCAGCCGUAACACCAGAGGGCGCUGCAGACACACCCCCGAGGUCACAGAGCUCAUCUGGGGCCAGGAGCUGGAGCAACGCUUCCCUCAGGCCAGCAGUCACUUUGACUACAUCCUGGCUGCUGAUGUGGUGUAUGCUCACCCCUAUCUGGAGGAGCUCAUGCAAACGUUUGAGCACCUGUGUCAGGAGGGCACGCAGAUCCUCUGGGCCAUGCGCUUCCGGCUGGACAAGGAGAACACCUUCGUGGAACGCUUCCAGAGCCGCUUCCAGGUGGAGGAGGUGUACAACCUGCCCAGCCUCUGCAUCAAGCUGUACCGAGCCUGGAAGAGGGUGGACCCUCGGGGGCCUGCCUGAGCCACUGGUGGAAGCGUGUGUAUGUUACGCGUGUGUGUGUGUGUAUGUUACGCGUGUGUGUGUGUGUGUGUGUGUGUGUGUGCAGUUCAUAUUACCAAAAAUCCCAAAGGUGCUUAAAAGAAUAAUAUGACAAAAGUAUGACAGUAUAGAUACCUUCAAAACUGUGACUUAUUUUUACAUUUGUAUGCAGUAUGUCGCUUUUUAUUGAUUGUAUUGUAUAUUAUGCUUCCUAUAUGAAGAUAUAUAUUUUUUUCUAUAGAAGCUUUCUCCAGACAACAGCAUAAUAGUUUUAUUGCAAAUGUUGUGUAUAAUACAACUAAAAAAAAAUAUUUUCAUGUACAAUAUCAGAUAUUGUUUCUUUAAUAAACCUUUUUUAUAACAUUCACGUUAAAUAAAC